UACACAAUUUCACCAUUAGAAAAGAUAAUAUAAGGCCGGAGGGAGGCACGCAAUCAGCUGCCUAGCUUAAAACAAAAGCACAGAGUCAUCACUACUCGACACUAAUCAAACAUUACACACCAAAGGGGUAUUUAAGCUUAUGCUACGCUGACGAAAAUCGCGUAAAUGCUGCAAACGUUUAUAUAGGCAGCAGCUUCGCUAGUAUUAUUCUAAAUUUCUCGCGCUCUCUUUUGGCAAACGGUCAACAAAAUUAAGAAAAACAACAUUAACUAAAUGAGCGGCACAUUGUCACUACCAAACGCUGAUGGCGUUGUAAACGCUGUCGAGUCACAGAGCAUGGACAUUGAGGUUCCGAAAAAUAACGGUUUCGGUCUCUGGCAAUGGUUAUUUAACUGGACAUCGACAUCACCGACAAUGCUGCGUGCCGUUGAGAAGAAGAUACUUUCGUAUCUGAAGCUGCCGUAUCGCGGUUACUUUGUGGACAUUGGACCGGCUGUGGGCGAUACGGAUAAGAUAUGGACGGUCAGUAUGAACACAGACUCCAAGGAGGUGCCAUUGGUGAUGUUGCACGGCCUCGGCGCCGGCGUGGCACUGUGGGUGAUGAAUCUGGAUAGCUUUGCCAAGGAUCGGCCCGUCCAUGCGAUGGAUGUGCUUGGCUUUGGCCGUAGCUCGAGGCCAAUGUUUGCCAAGGAUGCGUUGGUCUGCGAGAAACAGUUUGUGAAAUCUGUCGAGGAGUGGCGUCGUGAAAUGAACAUUAAUGAUAUGAUUCUAUUGGGUCACUCGAUGGGUGGAUUUAUUGCCUCGAGCUAUGCGCUGAGCUAUCCGGAACGUGUCCGGCAUUUGAUACUGGCUGAUCCAUGGGGAUUUCCCGAGAAGCCGCCAGAUUCGACGACAACCAAACAGAUUCCCUUGUGGUUGCGUGCCAUUGCACGCGUCCUAACGCCAUUGAAUCCGCUGUGGGCACUGCGAGCUGCCGGUCCAUUUGGUCAGUGGGUGGUGCAAAAGACAAGGCCGGAUAUAAUGCGCAAAUUUCAGAAUACAAUUGAGGAGGAUAUCCAGCUGCUGCCCCAGUAUAUACAUCAGUGUAAUGCACAGAAUCCAACCGGUGAAUCCGCAUUUCAUAGCAUGAUGCAAUCCUUUGGCUGGGCCAAGCAUCCCAUGAUCCAUCGCAUCAAGGAUGUGCGCAGCGAUAUACCCAUCACAUUCAUCUAUGGAUCACGCAGUUGGAUCGACUCAUCGUCGGGGGAGAAAAUCAAAUCGCAACGUGGCACAAGCAUGGUGGAUAUCAAAAUUGUAACCGGUGCCGGGCAUCAUGUGUAUGCGGACAAACCGGACGUAUUCAAUCGCUAUGUGAACGAGACCUGUGAUAUCUACAAAGUCAGUAGUAGUGGAGGACAUCUGCCACAUCCAACUGCUGUGUUGCAAAUACCACCAGAUGAGGAGCACGAGUUGCCCAAUCUAAAUACAGCGGAAUCGGUGGAGAUCAAGACGGAUGGCAAUGUUGCCGAAGGUGCAACAGCAACGACAACAACAACUGUUCAUGAACCAUCAGCAACAACAACAACAACUCCAGCUGUUGAUCUGGCCGAUGUUAAGCGCAAAUGAAAAUGGCCUUAAAUAUACAAUUUAAUAUAUACAUACUAUAUUAAGAGCUCUACUAACUUUGUUUUUGCCUAGUAUUAAAUGUUGUCUUAUCUUUAAACGCAUAGUUGUUAUUUUCAUUAAUUUAAAAUCGUUUGUUAUUCUAUUAUUUAUGUACACAAUCUUUGAUUCAAUACUAGUUCUCUGUGCCAGUAAAUGGGGUACAAAGUGCAAGUGUUCUCAUUGCUUUUUGAUAAAUCAAUGAAUGGUUCUGGUUCUACGUCAAACU